AUGCCCGGUGGAUAUAAAAGUGAAUGUGGGGAUGAUGCGGACGCAAUGUCUUUCCUGGUCCCUCCUGACAAAGAGAGGAUCGAAGCUAUGAACAAACCCUAUGACAUCAAGAGGUCCUGCUGGGUCAAAGACGAGAAGGAAGGCUUCGUUGCUGGAGAGAUCCAAUCUGAACAGGGGUACCAAGUCACCAUGAAGAUGGUUACCAACCAGACCGUCACCAUGAAGGAUGAUAUCCAGCAGAUGAAUCCACCCAAAUUCUACCAGGCCAGCAACAUGGCAGACAUGACCUUCCUGAAUGAGGCCAGUGUCCUGGAUAAUUUGCGCCAACACUACAUCAACAUGAGGAUUUAUACCUACUCAGGCUUAUUCUGCAUGACAGUCAACCCCUACAGGUGGCUGCCCAUCUAUGGUGCCCGAGUGGGCAACAUGUACAAAGGCAAGACAACAGAGAUUCCACCCCACCUCUUCUCCAUUUUGGAUAGUGCCUACCAUGACAUGCUCAUGGAUUGUGAAAAUCAGUCCAUGCUAAUCCCAUAAGUUGGAGAAUCUGGUGCUGGCAAGAUUGAGAACAUGAAGAAGGUCAUCCAGUACUUUGCCAGUAUCGGAGGAACUGGCAAACAGUCCACAGAUUCAAAGGGGUCCCUGGAGGAUCAAAUCAUCCAGGCAAACCCUGUGCCAAAGGCUUUUGGGAAUGCCAAGACCACCAGAAACAACUCUCGUUUUGGAAAGUUCAUCCAGAUCCACUUCGGAGCUACAGGCAAACUGGCCGGAGCAGACACCGAGAGCAGGCUCUUAAAGAAACCUCGUGUCAUCUCACAGCAAGCAGCUGAGAGGGGCUACCACAUUUCCUGCCAGAUUCUCUCUAACAGGAAGCCUGAACUUGUUAAGAGUUUGCUGCUGGUCCCCAAUCCUAAAGAGUACCACUGGGUGAGCCAGGAUGUCACCAUGGUAGAUAAUAUGGACGACAGGGAGGAGCUGCAGAUCACAGAUGUUGCAUUUGACGUGUUGGACUUCAGUGCUGAGGAGAAGAUGGGCAUUUAUAAGCUGACUGGGGGCAUCAUGAAUUUUGGCAACAUGAAGUUCAAGCAGAAGCCUAGAGAGGAGCAAGCUGAAGUGGACACAACCAAGGUGGCUGACAAAGUCGCCCAUCUCAUGGGUCUCAAUUCCAGGGAACUCCAGAAGGGCAUCACCAGGCCUUGGGUCAAAGUAGGCAAUGAGUUUGUGUAAAAGGGCUAGAACAUCGAACAGUGCAACAACUCUCUUGGGGUUCUGGGCAAAGCUGUCUACGACAAGAUGUUCAAGUGGCUGGUGGUCAGGAUCAACAAGACCUUGGACACCAAGAUGCAGAGGCAGUUCUUCAUUGGGGUGCUGGACAUCGACGGCUUUGAGAUCUUUGAGGUCAACCACUUUGAGCAACUGUGCAUCAACUUCACCAACAAGAAGCUGCAGCAGUUCUUCAACCACAACAUGUUUGUGCCGGGGCAGGAGAAGUACAACAGGGAGGGCAUCGAAUGGGUCUUCAUAGACUUUGGCCUUGACCUGCAGGCCUGCAUCAACCUCCUGGAAAAGCCCAUGGGCAUCUUCUUUAUCUUGGAGGAACAGUGCCUCUUCCCCGAGGCCACCAAUGCCACAUUCGAGGCAGCCCUGUAUAACAACCACCUGGGCAAGUCCAGCAACUUCCUCAAAUCCAAGGGAGGAGGAAAGGGCAAGGGGCCUGAGGCUCACUUUGAGCUUGUCCACUAUGCAGGCACUGUGGGUUACAACAUCCUGGGCUGGCUGGAAAAGAACAAAGACCCCUUGAAUGAAACAGUAGUGGGCUUGUUCCAGAAAUCAACACUGUCAAUCCUGGCCCUUCUCUUCAAAGAAGAGGAGGCUCCAGAUGGAAGCAAGAAGCAAAAGAGAGGGCCCUCCUUCAUGGCAGUCUCCAAUUUUUACAGGGAGCAGUUAAACAAGCUGAUGACCACCCUCCACAGCUCUGUCCCCCAUUUUGUCCACUGUAUUGUCCUCAAUGAGUUCAAGCAAUCAGGUGUGGUGGAUGCCCACCUAAUCAUGCACCAGCUGGCUUGCAAUGGAGUCAUGGAAGGUAUCCAUAUUUGCAGGAAGGGUUUCCCAAAUAGGGUGCAAUACCCAGAGUUCAAACAGAGAUACAAAGUACUGAACCCCAGUGUGAUUCCUCAGGGGUUCAUAGACAACAAGAAGGCCUCAGAGCUGCUGCUUGGGUCCAUAGACCUGGAUGUAAAUGAAUACAAAAUAGGACAUACCAAGGUAGGGUCUUCUGCGGGCAUCCUGGCCAAGUUUGAGGACAUGCGCGAUGAACGUCUAGCCAAGAUCAUGACGACGUCACAGUAUCGGCUCUGGGGUUUCCUCAUGAGAGUCGAGUUCAAGAAGACGCUAGAACAAAGAAUUGGCCUAAAAGUCAUCCAGUGGAACAUAUGCAAGUUUCUGGAGCCGCGCUUCUGGGGCUGGUGGAAGCUCUACAACAAGGAGCAAGAGAACCUAAUAGAUGCUGAGGAACACCUGACCCAGAUGAUGAAGACCAAAAUGGAGCUAGAGAGCCAGAACUUGGACAUGCGGAAGUGGCUAGAGGAAGAGGAAGGCACAGCUGCCUCCCUGAGUGCCAAGCACAAGCUGGAGGGGGACCUGAGUGACCUGAAGCAUGACCUGGAAGGCCUUGAGACCACAGUGGCCAAGACAGAGAAGGAGAAGCAGGCCCUGGAUCACAAGUUCCGCACCUUGACCAGGGACCUCUCACUCCAAGAAGAUUCCAUUGCCAAGCUCCAGAAGGAAAAGAGGGCGCUGGGGGAGCUGCACCAGAAAACCCUCGAUGACCUGCAAGCUGAGGAGGACAAGGUGAACCACCUGACCAAGAGCAACAGCAAACUCAACACUCAGAUCCAUGAGCUGGAGGAUAACCGGGAACAGGAAAAGAAAAUCUGGGCAGAGGUGGAAAAGGCUCGUUGGAAGGCUGAGAAUGACUUGAAAGUGACCAUUGAUGAUCUCAACAAGAUGGAGCAGUCCAAGCUAGAUCUCAAGGAGGUGGUGAAAAAGAAGGAUAUGGAAAUCAAUUCUGUCAACUCUAAAUAUGAGGAUGAGCAGUCUCUGAAUUGCACACUGCAGUGGAAACUAAAGGAACACCAGGCCCGAAUUGAAGGACUGGAGGAAGAACUGGAAGCUGAGAGGGCAAUGAGAGCCAAGGUGGAGAAACAACGCAGUGACCUGUCCCAGGACCUCAAAGACCUCAGCGACAGGCUAGAAGAGGCUGGGGGAGCCACAUCUGCUCAGAUUGAACAGACACAAGAGGCCAAGCUCCUGAAACUGCAGCAGGAGCUGGAGGAGGUGGCCCUGCAGAGCAAGGCAACAGCCUCCACACUUCGCAAGAAGCACACAGACUCCAUAGCUGUGCUGAUGGAGCAUAUAGAGAACUUGCAGAGGGUCAAGUUCAAGCUGGAGAAGGACAAGCAGGUCAUGAAGGUGGAGAUUGACGACCUCAAUGCCAGCAUGGAGAUUGUGCAGAAGUCCAAGAUGAAUGCCAAGGCCCAUGUCCAAAAGCUGGAAGAUAGCUUAGCAGAAGCCAAUGCCAAGGUGGCCUAGCUGGACAGAAACCAGGCAGAAAUCAAUGCCAUCAGGACCUGCCUGCAAGCUGAAAACAGUGAACUGAGCCAGGAAUAUGAAGAAUCCAGAGGACUCAAUCAAAUCCUGUGGAUAAAGACAUCGCUGACAUCACAGGUGGACAGUUACAAGAGGCAGCUGGAUGAAGAGUCCAAGUCUCGCAGCACAGCUGUGGUGAGUCUCACCAGCGCCAAGCAUGACCUGGACCUGCUGAAGGAACAGCUGGAGGAAGAGCAAGGAGGGAAGUCAGAGCUGCAGAGCCUUGUGUCCAAACUCAACACUGAGGUGACCACCUGGAGGACCAAGUAUGAAACUGAUGCCAUCCUAAGGACCGAGGAGCUGGAGGAAGCUAAGAGAAAACUGGCUGCCAGGCCCCAGGAAGCAGAAGAGACAGCUGAAGCCGCCCAGGCAGGGGCUGCGUCCCUUGAGAAAAAUAAACAGAGACUCCAGGCAGAAGUUGAGAACCUCACCAUUGACUUGGAAAAGGCCAGUGCUGCAGCUGCUGCCCUGGACAAGAAGCAGUGGGCCUUUGGCAAGAGGCUGGCUGAGUGGCAGCAGAAGUGCAAGGAGCUGCAAGUGGAGCUGGACAGUUCACAGAAAGAGUGCCGCAUAUACAUGACUGAGAGUUUCAAGAUCAAGACUGCCUACGAGGAGUCCCUGGAGCACCUCAAGUCAGUGAAGAAGGAAAACAAGACCCUGCAGGAGGAGGUAAAGGAACUUAUUGAUCAGCUGGGCGAGGGAGGGCGAAGUGUACAUGAGCUGCAGAAGUUGAAGAAAAAAUUGGAGAUUGAAAAGGAAGAACUCCAGGUGGCCCUAGAGGAAGCUGAGUCUUCCCUGGAGGUUGAAGAAAGCAAGGUGAUUUGAAUUCAGCUGGAACUGGCUCAGGUUAAAGCUGACAUAGACCAAAGAAUUCACGAGAAAUAAGAAUUUGAAGCUACAAGGAAGAACCACCAGCAGACCAUUGAGCCUUUGCAGGCCAGCCUUGAUGCGGAGGCCAAGGGCCGGGCAGAGGCACUUCAGCUCAAGAAGAAGAUGGAGGUUGACCUAAAUGAGAUGGAAAUCCAGCUGGACCAUGCCAACAAGAACAACAGUGAACUUGUGAAGACACUGAAAAGGCUACAACAGCAAAUCAAGGACCUGCAGGUCCAGAUGGAUGAGGAUGCCAGGCAGCAUGAGGAGCUGCAGAAACAGUAGAACCUGCAGGAGAGGCGCCCAAACCUGCUGCAGACAGAGCUGGAAGAGGUGCGUUCAGCCCUGAAGGGCAGUGAGCGCUCUUGCAAGCUGCUAGAGCAGGAGGUGGUGGUGAUCACAGAGCGACAUAAUGAGGUCAAUGUCCAGAACCAAAGCCUCCUGGUGGUCAGGCGCAAGCUGGAAUCAGACAUCCAGAGCAUCUCCAAAGAGUGUGAGGAGCUCAUCAGUGAGACCUGCUCAGCUGAUGAGAGGGCCAAAAAAGCCAUGACUGAUGCUGCCCACAUGGCAGGAGAGCUCCAGCAAGAGCAGGACCACUGCAUGCAUCUGGAGAAGAUCAAGAAAAACUAUGAGACCACCAUCAAAGACUUGCAGGCCAAGAUGGAGGAGGCUGAGCAGCUGGCUCUAAAAGGAGGGAAGCGCACAAUCAUGAAGCUGGAAACCAGGGUGAAGGAACUAGAGGCAGAACUGGAUGGUGAACAAAAACAGCAUGUAGAGAUGGUCAAGACGCUGUGGAAGAAUGAGCGUUGCCUCAAAGAGCUGGUCUUCCAGACAGAGGAGGACCACAAGACCAACCAGCGCAUGCAGGAGCUGGAGGAGAAGCUGUAGAACAAGCUGAAGGUCUGUAAGUGGCAGACUGAAGAGGCGGAAGAACAGGCCAACCAGACCUCGGCUCGCUACAGGAAGACGCAUGAGCUGGAUGAUGCUGAGGAGCAGGCCGGCAUGGCAGAGACUGUGCUGAAGAAGCUGCACACCAGCUACCAGGUGGCUGGCAAAGGCAUCUAGACCUCUGCGGAGAUCAUCCAGGUGUCCAAGACAGGCUCCUCCAAAACCCCUUCUGAGGAGUGA